CAAAAUUAAAACAUGCUCCACACUUGAUUCACUCCUGUGCACUUGACCUUCUAGCACUUUAAUCUGCCUCACAGUUUCUGUUUUGUUUAUGUUUUUCAUGUUUUUCGUUUAUUUAUAACUCCAGAUCUGCUGUAAUACAUGUGCUUGGGCCACUUGCCGAUAACCUUGACGACCUCAGUAAAGACCCCAGUCUGGCAGUAUGACCUCUCCUUACGCAGCAGUGCAGUUCUGCCCAGAGCGAGCCUUUCAACGAUUGAGAGAACCAGCAGCAUGUCUCUCGUGGGCUGAAGGUUCUUUCCUGGCCUCCAUGUCACAGGGCCAGGGCUCUCAGGGUACGGAUAUCCUCGGACAAGACGUCCUCAACCAGCUGCUGGAGAUGCUGGACCAGUCUGCGCUACAUUCAAUGCAGCCUAUCGAGCUCAACUUCUCUGAGGGCUCUGCAGUCGGAUCAGCAUCCAACACCAUACAGAUUAGUAUGGACUGCAUCACAAUGCGUGGGCAUGAGGAGCCCCUCACACCACAGUAUACAAGCCUGGGGCUUCUCAACAGCAUGGAUCAAAAUGGUGGCUCCACAUCCACCAGCCCGUACAACAACGAGCAUGCUCAGAACAAUGUAACGGCACCAUCACCCUACGCCCAACCCAGUUCCACCUUCGAGGCCCUGUCUCCAUCACCUGCCAUCCCAUCCAACACAGACUAUGCUGGCCCACACACCUUUGAUGUGUCCUUCCAGCAGUCAAGCACAGCCAAAUCAGCCACCUGGACGUACUCCACGGAACUGAAGAAGCUGUACUGUCAGAUUGCCAAAACAUGUCCCAUUCAAAUCAAGGUCCUUACCAACCCACCUCAGGGUGCAGUCAUACGGGCCAUGCCUGUCUAUAAGAAAGCUGAACAUGUUACCGAGGUGGUCAAACGAUGCCCGAACCACGAAUUGAGCCGAGAGUUCAAUGACGGCCAAAUAGCCCCACCUAGUCACCUGAUUAGGGUUGAGGGGAACAGUCAUGCUCAGUACGUGGAGGAUUCCAUUACUGGGCGCCAGAGUGUGCUGGUGCCUUACGAGCCCCCUCAGGUGGGCACAGAGUUCACAACCAUCCUGUACAAUUUCAUGUGCAACUCCAGCUGCGUUGGUGGAAUGAACAGACGUCCUAUCCUCAUAAUCGUCACUUUGGAAACCAGAGAUGGUCAGGUUUUGGGCCGACGGUGUUUUGAGGCUCGUAUCUGCGCGUGCCCUGGACGUGACCGCAAAGCUGACGAAGACAGUAUCCGCAAACAGCACGUCAGCGAUGGCACAAAGAGCAGUGAGGGUACGAAACGCCCUUUCCGUCAGGCCUCUCAUCUCUCUCAGCUAAACUCCAUCAAGAAGCGAAGAUCCACCGAUGAGGAAGUGUUUUGUCUGCCUAUUAAAGGCCGUGAAAUCUAUGAGAUUUUGGUGAAAAUCAAAGAGUCUUUGGAACUUAUGCAGUUCCUCCCUCAGCAGACUAUUGAGUCAUACAGACAGCAACAGCAGAACCUACUGCAGAAACACCUGUUAAGGGCCCGUUUGCGCUCUGAGCUUCUGGACCCAAUAGGUGAGCAGAAGAGGCGCUUCAGUGCUUCCUGAAAGUAGGAAUCACAUUCCUCCUCCCUCAGAGCAUCCCUCGCUCAUCUCUCUCCAUCUCUUCUUCAUCUCAUCCUCUACCCCUCAAAGGGGAGCCUCCCUGUGCUUCUCCAAACUGUCACCUGUGGUAACUCCUAGACUUUUUCUAUGCCACAAAUAGGUUGAACACAGAGCUUUGUUUCUACCACCUGAACACCUCGUUUUUAAAUAUGUGAGCUGUCAAGUGAAGUCAUUCUAGAUAUUUUUGGAAAGUUCAUUGCAUGAUUUUUGUCCCUCCAAAGUGUAUUAUCUAAACUAUGGCGCUCGUUUAUCAAUUGAAAUGAUCCAUUUGUGUGUUAAAUUUGCUUACGGUCAUCUUACGCUCGGAUUUAGUCGCAUUAGUAUUCUUGUUCAAUAAUCUGAAGUGUCAAGUUUCUUAAAACAUUUCAUUGUGUCCGUACUUUUUUUAAAGAAUGUUUCUUAAAGGGCCCUUGUGACUGAGGCGGCUUGUUUCCUCAGCAUUUAUGAUGUUUGUUGGACUGAUCUGCUGGUAUUGCACAGAAACCCAUUGCACAUAAACAGUAUAGCAACUUCUCAGCUGACCACCUUACUUCUCUCUUUCUCUCUCUUAUUUCCAUCUGUUUUUCUUCUAUCUAUCUAAAUAAUCCUGAAUGUCGAAACUGACCAGGAACCAAGCACACAUCUUUUUUUUAUGGGACUCAUAGUUUUUCGUUAAGAUCUUGAUGAUGGUUCAUCUUAAAGAGUUUUUUGUUUUUGCCUCCGUCUUCAUUUUAUUAUUGGAGCUGGACUCAUUGAGUUGUCUAUAAAUGUGGGGGGAUAGACUUUAUCGAUGACUGAAUUUUGAUAAUGCUGGUCAUGUUUUGUAAAGUGCACUGCUGGGCAGUAAUUUGUGUGUUUUGUCUUGAUUAUUUGUUCAUUUUCUUAAAGAUGUAUUUUCUGCUGUGUACUUGGCAGUUAAGAGACAAGGAAAUGAAUGCUAUGGUGUUGACAGAUUCUUUUGUUGUUUCAUAUGAAAUGAAUGGUUGUUGUAUUCUCAAUGGCUCUUGCACUUUUGUCAGUUACUACUAUUCAAUAAAUGACUUCUCUGCUUUUGUGUUCCUAUCCCUGCUCUUCCUCUUUAUUCUCUUUUCUUUAUUUCUCAACUCUUCUUUUUACUUGAUUUGUCAGGGGCUUUCAGUCAAAGUAUUUCAAAAUAUCAGUGAACCGAAACACUUUGUAUUUUUAUCAUAUGUAAACAAAGAAAGUUACAUUCAAGUUCAGAAUGAUGGGACUUUUUCUUCUGUGGAGUAUAAAAGAUAUUUUGAAGAAUGUAGAUAACCAAACCACUUGACUUCCAUUGUAUGGAUGGGGAAAACACUAAUUUCUCAAAAUAUCUAUCUUUAUGUUCAUCAGAAGGAGGAAAUCAAACUAACAUGAGGAUGAGUAAAUGAUGGAACUGUCCCUAUUAUAGCUCUAUUAUAGCACUAUAUGAAUAUAUUUUGUGACCCUGGACCACAAAAACAGUCUUAAGUAGCACAGGUAUAUUUGUAGCAAUAGCCAAAAAAUACAUUCUAUGGGUCA